AUGUCGACCAUCCUUAUUACUGGCAGCUCGCGAGGCCUCGGCCUUGAGUUGGUGAGGCAGUUCUCCGCUCAAGCUGGUAAGCAGGGAGGCUUGGUUAUUGCUACCGCUCGAAGUUGCUCGCCGGCGUUGAAGGAAGCAGUCUCGCGGUCGAAUGGAUUGGUGGUCUUUGUCGCCCUUGACUUGGCCGAUGAGAAGAGUGUUACCAACUCCGCUUACGAGGUACGGGGGUUUUUGCAGGGUCGGAGCCUGGAUAUCCUCAUCAACUGCGCGGGCGUUUAUAGCGUGACAUCUGGAAAGACUGCUGAAAUGCCCGAUCUUGACUACCAAUUAUCAGUCAAUGUAGUUGGUGCACAUAACGUCCUUCGCCAGUACAUACCUUUGAUGCAAAACAGCGACGUGAAGAAGGUUAUCAAUAUCUCAAGCGGCUACGGGUCCCUAGCUCUGGCCCAGAGCUAUGUAUACGCUCCAUGCCCAGCCUACAAAAUCAGCAAGGCCGCAUUGAAUGCACUCACCGUUCAAUAUGCGCUGUCAUAUAAGGACGAGGGCUUCACUAUGGUUGCCGUAAAUCCGGGGUGGUUGCAGAGUGAUAUGGGCGGGGAGAAUGCCGAUCUGACCGUAGCCCAGGGUGCGGAGGCCGUUAUGGAUGUUGUGAUGAGCCUCAAGUCCGAGGAUAAUGGAUGUUUCAAGAGCAUUCGCGUGCCUGGAUGGGAUGGUUCUAAUGGGAGGGCCGUUUAUGAUGGGAAGGAUUUGUUGUGGUGA